CACCUUGGAGACACGACGCGGCGGCUGGACGUCACCUUACUUUCACUUCCAAGUUCUCUAAGGAACAGAAACUUGUCCGAAAGCUUUUCCAGAGGGGAAGAAAACGCAGAGGGAAAAAAAAAAACUCCACAACCAACUCCAACUCUGUGAGCAGCAGCCAAGGAAGUGAACCCCGCGCCGCACCGCAGAUGGAGGGUUUAGCGCAGGAUGUCGCGGCGGAGGAAGGCGGACCGACGGGAGACCAGACGGACGCCAAACCGGACCGCAGAGGAAGAUUCCUGCUGUUCGGUAAGAAGAAUAAGGAUGGCCAGACGCGGGAGCAGGACUACUCUUCUGAAAGCCAUUACAGAGUCGUUUCACCAACAUUCCAGUAUAAGAUGAGCCACCAACGAGUGGGCAAGUGCAUCAUCAUCAACAACAAGAACUUUGAUGAAAAGACGGGGAUGAAUGUGCGUAACGGCACGGACCGAGACGCGGGAGAGCUGUUCAAGUGCUUCAAGAGCCUGGGCUUCGAUGUCUUCAUCUACAACGAUCAGACGUGUGGGAAGAUGGAGAGUCUUCUCAGAGAGGCCUCGGAGGAGGACCAUAGUGACAGCUCGUGUUUCGCCUGCAUCCUGCUAAGCCAUGGCGAGGAGGGCAUGAUCUACGGAACAGACGCCGCCAUGCCCAUCAAGUCCAUGACCUCGCUGUUCAGGGGGGACAUGUGCAAAAGCUUGGUCGGGAAGCCGAAACUCUUCUUCAUCCAGGCUUGCCGGGGUUCCGAAUUUGACGAUGGUAUACAGACGGAUUCGGGUCCGCCCAACGAUACCCUGGAGACGGAUGCUAAUCCGAGACAUAAGAUCCCUGUAGAGGCAGAUUUCCUGUUUGCCUACUCCACCGUGCCAGGUUAUUACUCUUGGAGGAACCCCGGGCGCGGCUCCUGGUUCGUUCAGGCGCUCUGCAACGUCCUCAACGAGUUCGGCAAGCAGCUGGAGAUAAUGCAGAUCCUGACCAGGGUCAACUACAUGGUGGCCACCAGCUUCGAGUCCUGGUCCGAGGACCCCCGCUUCAGUGAGAAGAAGCAGAUCCCCUGCGUGGUCUCCAUGCUGACCAAAGAACUGUAUUUCAACUGAGGACGCCGGCCUCACCGACCCGACCUUGACUCAACGGACCGUUUCAGUUACCGACUUAGCGUUCCAUGCAUUCAGGGAUGGUUCAGGCCCAGAUCCUCACAUGACCAUUUUAAAUGUGUAGCUGGGCCCGAAAAAAAACAAAACAAGCACUCCGUGAUAAAAGAAAAAAAUAUUAUUAGUGGCACUCCGCGUUCAUGGGCUGAUGGUGAAUCUUCUUCAGGUUAUCCUUUGGAAGUAAUGGCGUCACAUUUGAUCGGAUCUUUUCUUGACAGCCACGUUAAAUAUUCUUGUUGUUCCACCAGCCCGUAAAAAAAAGAAAUUGCUGCCACUUCUUGUGGGUUUUGGGGAAUCAUAUCUGAAUAUGUGUCUCUCCAUUUUCCAGCACUCGCGAUAGCUGUUGAAAGGAACUUUUAUUUAGGACAUGAAACGGGUUUAGAAAUAGUUGACAUUGUAUUUGUAAAGUGUAAAUCGCCAUUACACAGUAAAAUACAUUGGACAAGUGAUUUAAAAAGCAUUUAAUCACUGUAGGAAUUAAUACGGGGACUGCCUUGAUUACAAACCCGGCCCUGGAUCAGAUCAUUUCAAUGUUUUCAGCUGUCAGGUGUCAGAUAAAAAGAGACAGCAGAAAAAGACGACACUCCUCUGAGCAGAAACGCGAUGCUUUGGCCAAAGGCUCCGUGUGUCGGCCUUCCUGGCAGGUUCUACGUUGGUAGCAGCAUGCUGGCAUCCUCAGGUUCUUCAAUGUCCCACGAGGUGGGUUACUGUAAUGUUAAAGAAGGUUGUAUACGUAUGGCUGGGAAGGAGCGACCGUCUGCUGUGUUGUGAUUAGUUCUAUGGGAUUUUGGGUCAAGUGCAUCGUAUUAUAGUCCACUCCCUCAAAAGUUAAGGCUUAUUUGCAAUUUGCCAGUUUUAUUAGACUUCACUCGCUUGUUGUUCACCCCCAAAGGAAGUGAAGUAUGUUUAUCAAAAUGAUGCGCGGAUCUUAUCAGUCCAACAAAUUAGUUAUGGAAUUUCUCUUUUUUUAAUAUUUAAAUGAGAUUUUUCUCCUCUUUAUUUACUUUGAUAGAUGAAAGUAUACAUGCGAUAGGACUUUUACACUAGAAAGAGAACUGUCGAAAACAGUACAUUUGGGAAAUUACAGUGUUAAUCUGGACUAUGGCCCAAAGCCCAUAUCCAAUUCAUUUUACUGUAUAUUAGUGUUGCACAUUGUCUACACUGGUAGGACAUACCCGGCAAAAUGGUCCUAUUUGUAUUUCUUUUAAUCAAUCCUUUACUUUUACAGACCCAAGUCCUAUAGUAGUAAAUUAAUUCUUAUGACGGCGUUAUGCGGUAAAAUAUCACAUACAUAUUUGAAUAGAAGAUUUGCUGACGGUCCUUUCAACUUGCACAGAGUUUGUUUCUGCAUUCUGUUAAUGUCUGUCAAUCACAGAGGCAGCUAUUACUGGUGGUGACAAGUCUGAAUAUUCACAAUCCACAUGUCUGCAAUACCCAAUUAGUGUUGCUGCAAUGUUUUUACAUUAUUCCCAUAAUUGCAUGUGUCAGUAACUUAGGGGAAAUGUUAAGGAAGCACUUCUAACUUGUUAUUUUUUAAUCAGUUUAGCACUUUUUCAUCAUAUUUCUAUUGGCCAGAAGUUUGAUUAAUACUGGCUUAAGUUAGCCAGUGCACUUGUCCAACACAACUCGACACAUGGAUCUCUGAUCAGCGGUGCCCAACCUGUGCUGAAAGGAGCGUUUGCUCCACUUGUUUUUUUUUCCGAUUGGAAUUGAGGGAGGGAGAAAAAAUAUUUUUAAGGGUAAAAUUUUAAAAUGCUUUUGGGUGUUAAAUGCUGUUGUCCUCAGGAAUAUAGUUGAAAAGAUUUGGAAAAAUUAAUGAAUGAAUUUGAAUCUGGCCCAAUUUCUUUUUAAUUUGGGGCAAUGUAUAAUUAACCUCAAAAACAGAGGAAUGCUCAUGUAAACAUUUUAUUGUAUUAAAACAUAAAGAAUUUAUUCUGUAA